UUAUGUGUGUCUUAUCCUCUGUGUUAUGCUACUCAUACAUACUACACUCUCUCUUUCUCUCUCUCUUUCUUUCUCCACAGUCCCCACCCCUUUGGUACCAUUCUUCAUGGUCCUGCACCACCUCACCUGAUAAAUAUGAAGCUCUAUUCCAACUAUAAUGGAAACUGUGAAAACCACACCACACUUCCAUCAUUGGCCUAAACCUUUCUUCACUUUCUUAAAUCAAACCACUUUCUUUUUCCUCCUAAUCCACUACCAAAUGCUUCAUAUGCACAAAAACAUCAAUGUUGUCUUAAAAAAAGUGUAUCCUUAGUAGGAAGAUAGAUAAGAAACAUCUUCUGCGUUUGCUGUGGUCCUCAAUAUUCUGCAGAAGCUGUCUAGGGUUUUUUUUCCUUCUUCCGUUGGAAAUUGGAAAAUCUGUUUAUGUGAGAUGUUCCCUUCCUCUAAUUACACCUCCUCGGGCUCUUACCCUCGUUUCCCUUCUUCAUCUUCUUCUUCUGCUUCGCCUUACCCUUCUUUCACUUUCCUUCACCCUGAAAAUUCUUCCGCCAGCACCACCUUUCUCCAUGAUCCACUUUCUGUUACCUUCAUACCAACUAACUAUCAUGCUCCAAUGCCUGAAACACUGGCCAAUUGGGCAGUUGCAGAUUGUGCCGCUGCAGCAAUGCUCAACCAGGAUCUCGGUGGUGCCCUUUAUGGCAUCACCAAGAAACCAGCGAGGAAAACGGCCAAGAAAGACAGGCACAGCAAGAUUCACACUUCUCAGGGCUUGAGGGACCGGAGGGUGAGGCUUUCCAUUGAGAUCGCACGCAAGUUCUUCGAUCUUCAAGACAUGUUAGGGUUUGAUAAAGCCAGCAACACCCUCGACUGGCUCUUCACCAAGUCCAAGAAGGCAAUUAAGGAGCUAACUCGAAGCAAGCACAGUGCUGAUAGCUUCGAAUUCUCUUCAUCUUCGGAUGGUGAAGUGGUUUCUGUGAUCCACCAGCAGCAACAAGGGGUGGACUUGGAAGAGGGGAAGUUGAAAGAACCUGCUUAUUGUGUCAAAGCAAAGAUGAAGGAAUCAAGGGAAAAAGCAAGGGCAAGAGCAAGGGAAAGGACUAGUUGCAAGAUACUGUGCAGUGGGGAAGGGAAGGUGCAAGAAUCCAAGAAAAAGUGCCCUGCAACUGAAAACCAUCAAAUCCUGAACCAGUUAAGGUCACCCCUUCAACUUCAUCCUCAAGAUUUAGAUGGAGGAGUGCCAAGAGAUGACGACUUCAACGUUAUUGAGGAAUCCAUUGUCAUCAAGAGAAAGUUGAAACACUCUCUGAUGUCUUCCAUUCAUCACCAAAACGCUGUGAUCCCUAAGGAAGCAAGUGUGAACAACAGUGACUACCACUCCUUCCCCAAUUUGUCGCCAAAUUGGGAAGCUAAUAAUAGUGCUGCCAAUGGACGCUCCACCUUUUGUGCAAUAGCCAGCAUGAAUCUUUCUGCAGGGCUUCAAAUUUUUGGAAAAUCUUGGGAGGAGUGCACCAAUCCUCAUCCUACCUAAUAUGUUAAAUUUCAGUAUUAUCCGAUGAUUGUCUCUAGUGUUUUGCAAGGAAUUCCAUGAUCAUGGAGGAAUCUUUCUGUGUUUUCUACCAGUGACUUUUGUUGUCCUAUAUUUCCUUUCCAAAAUGUACUGAUUAUUUUUUGCUCUAGAUUAACAAAGGGCAUGUGACAGUUGGCAAAAAAGGAUGCUGCGUGUAUAAUUUCUGACCAGUAUUUUAAGCGUGGCUGAUAUUGUGUAAGGGUCAAUUUUAUUUACAAAGAACUU